UCGGAGGUUAGUUACAGUGGUGCAGAGCGUGUGAACGGCACUCUGCUGCGGACGUGCGCAAACCAACUUCAUUCCCACUCAUUCAGUCAGUCACCUGAAAAUGUAAACAAUGGCGGACACGGGACACGUACAUUCGAAAAGCCACGGUGAUUAGCCUCAAUGGAGAGACGACUGACAUUUCAGGGCGCGGGCAGCCCGUAUGGGAACGAGAUGGAGAGCCCAAUCGACAACCCAAACAAGGCUGCCGAAUAUCUGAAGGAGCUUAACAAAAUUAUUGAGACCCAACAGGAGUUGCUGGAGAAGCAAAAGAUUCGCAUUGAGGAGCUUGAGCAGCAAGUUACAGAGCUGUGCAACGAAAAUGCCUGUCUGAAAGACGAAUACCAGCGGCAUCUCCUUACUUGCAGAUUGCAACAGGGCAAUUGCCAUUCGGCCCUUGGAUCUAUACAGGAAAACGCCACUCAAGAGAAAUUGCAAUGUGAAAACACAAAGAUGGUCAGAAGACACGCAUCUCUUCCCCUGGAGGCCAUUGAAAGCCCAGGCAGUCUCAUAUCGCCAGUGUGCAGAAGACCCUUCCCAUGUCGCCAGUGGAAGUCCGCUUCUUUUGGAAGUCAGACACCAUGGACACAACUUCCAGGUGUGACCGAGCUGCCCGGCUCCGUGACCAGCGGCGGCGCGGUGCUGGACGCCCAGACGGACGGCUUCUACAGCAGGGUGCAGACGUGGCCCGCGUCGCCCUCCACUGGCCUCUCAGAGCUGCCCGCUCAGCUGCAGCUGGACCCUCUGGCUGGACACUUGAGACGGACGGAGCUUUUGACUGCAGAACCUCAUGAAACAUUCAUCCCGGGGUCUGUAGACACUUUGCACCAGUAUUGCUGCCCUCCUCCGUUGUUCAGUAAGCAGCUAGCCGUGCCCGCCCCUGUCUCAGAGUGCAGCGACGAUAACGUCCUCCAUCAGUUCUGUUGCCCUCCCUCUGGAAGCAGUAGCCCUUCAAGAUAGCCGGGAGUCAGACAAGGGAAGGAACAGGCCCUGCCUCUACCCCUGGAAACACUCUCCUCUCUGGCCCCUGGCUUUGCCCUUCUCUCUCUCUCUCUCUCUCUCUCUCUCUCUCUCUCUCUCUCUCUCUCUCUCUCUCUCUUUCUCUCUCUUUCUCUCUCACUCUCUUUGUCUCUCUCUCUCUCACUCUUUCUGUCUCUCUCUGUCUCUAUCUUUAUUUCUCUCUCUUUCUCUACAUUUCUCCUACUUGUAUUCCAUCUCUCUGUCUCUGUCAUAUUCUCUACCUUUUUAUUAUUAAUCUAUCUAAAAAUCUAUCUCUCUCUCUCUCUCUCCCUCUUCCCUUUUCUAUCUCAGUCUUCUUCGCCAUCCUCCUGUGUCUAUUCUCCUCUCCAUCGCUAUCUCUUUUUUUCAUUCUCUCUCAGGCUCUCUGUCCUUGCCUGCUCUCUCUCUCUCUCUCUCUUUCUCUCUCUCCCUCUCUUUCUCUCUCUCUCUCCCUCUCUCUCGCUCCCUCUCUUCCAUGCAUUGAGACUCUUCUCCACCUUCCUUCCCUCCUUCUGCAUGGGCGCCCCCGAGGCCUGAAGCUCCCGUCAACUGGAGGAGCCCUGCAGGAGUUGUCUCCUCUCUUCUCCUCUCACUCACUCACUCACUCACUCGCUCCCUCUCUCCCCUCCUCCUCCUCCUCCUCCUCCUCCUCUCUGAAUGUCUUCCCACUGCCCUGACGUCACCUCGUACCUCAAAAACAAACACAAGGGACACUUAGGGCACCCUCUCAUGCAAUACUUUACUAGUAAUGUAGACACAGUCAAUUAAGGUAUGUUUUCAUGUAUAAUAGCAUCAUUAUGGCUUUCUAAAGGGACUUGAAGAUGAAGAUGCAAAAUGGUGAUGUGUGAAUGAAGAGUUGAGGAGGAGUGGGUGGUUGCACUUUGAGAUGUUAUGCAAAACAGAGGAAACCUCAAUGGCAAUGCAAUGUAUUAAUCCGAGAGCACUGCAUGCACUGUUAGAAUCCUACUAUUA